GGGGUAGGCAUGGGCAGCAAUCCCUUGGAGCCUCGACCUCAUUCCAGGGCCGUCGUGGCCUGGGUCGGAGGCUGUGUCGCGGGAGGUUUCCACGCUGCCAGUGUUUACCUCCCGAGCGGGGACGGUGUAGGUGCCGAGGGCCGUCGCAUUCUUUUCCAGGUUGGGGAGUUUCUGUUUUCCAUGGGAAAGCCGUUCGUCAUUGGCGGCGACUUCAACGCUCUGGAAUCUGAGGUGAGAGGCACUGGUUUACUUGAGAAAAUCGACGGGGUCAUAAUUCUGACUGGCAAGCCUACGUGCAGAGUGGGCAAGGAUUGGCGUGAUAUUGACUUCUUCAUUGUGUCGGCGAGCUUAGUGCCCUGUGUUUGGCGCUGCGAUCGAUUGGAAGGGUCUGAGUUGUCCACCCACUACCCCAUCAGAAUGUCGAUCAGGACUAGCACUCAUCUGGGUCAGAUCAGAUAUUUGUGGACACCCAAGAGGUUCCCUGAUCUUCCGAUCGGCCCAGCGCCAGCCCCACCAGGCUGGUGGGAAGGCAUUCAGAUUCAGGUUGAGCAGCUGGUUCGCGAACCAGCAGUCACGCAAGCUCAGGUCUCGCAGGCUUAUGCAUCAUUUUGUCAGGCAGCCGAGCUAGAGCUCGCGGACAUGUACCAGCUGGAGCUGUCGGGCUCCAAGGGGAACUUUUUCGGCAGAGGCGACAAGUUUAAUUACGUGUAUAAGCCAGCCAUUGUCAAGGUUGGCGGGCCACAUCCUCUCGGGUCGCCAGUGUCUAGAGCGAUGCGGAAGUUCCACGCACGCCUUGAAGAGUUGGGGCACCUCAAGCGUAAGGGAUACGUUGAUGAUGACAUGCAGGUAUGUGAAAUCAACCGAAAGCUUCAGAAGGCUCCCGAGGUACUCUGGCACUCUUCAGGCUGGCGGGAGUGGCGUGCAUGUCAUUUUAGUUUCAGAGGAUACGAGGCGGACUCUAUCAGGGACGCCUUGUUUGAUUUGAGCAAGCUGAUCCAGUCUGAGGAGGCGUCUUGGGUCAGGCAGCGUCAAAAGAAGUGGAGAUCUUGGGCUUCAGAGGCGGUGUCUAACGGGGGGAGUAUGGUUCACAGGUGGGUGAAGGUCCCGAACGAGUGGAUCCCAGAUGAGCCAGGCCCUGACGGAACCCCAGGAGGAGCGAUGGACCAGAUCGAGGCCCUCGAAAGUGAAUGGAAGGGUAUUUGGAGGUACGGUGACCUGAAGGAGCCAGAGGUUGGCGAGGCCCUGUCCCUCCCAUUCACAGUCAACAGCAGCAUAGUCGCGGGGUGCUCGUUCGCGACGACGCUGUUGAAGAUAGUGCUGAAAGAUGUUUGUGACGAGUUUAUGGCGAGAUGGCCCCGUCUUGGGUUGGCGCUCAUGGUCGACGAUUCCACCAUCCAAGCGUUGGGGUCAGAGCAUUUCGUGAAGAAAGCACUGGUGUCGGGAACGUUGCAGUUUUGUCGGGGCUUGGAGGCCUUGGAGAUGAAGGUUUCCAGGAAGAAAUGCAUUCUGGUGGCAUCUGACAUCAAAGUGGGCAGAUCUCUGCAGCAUAGUUUGCGAGAGUUCAGUUUCAAGUAUGUGCCCGCGGCCAAGAACCUGGGAGUAGACUUUAAGUUGGCCUUCAACAAGGGCAGGCAG